AUGUUUAGACUAGGCCUUUUCCAGAAGACGGUGGUUCGUCGUAUGGCGACCACAAAGCACGCACAGCCUCCAAAACCAGCCAAGGGGAUCAAAUUACUCAUGCAAAAGUACGGGAAAUCAGCUCUUGGAGUGUAUUUGGGUCUUUCGAUAAUUGACAUACCGCUUUGUUUCCUUGUGGUUCAUUCUGCAGGUGAGGACAAGAUUCGUGAAUUGCAGGAUCAGGUGAAGGGAUGGUUUGGAUAUGGACCUAAAGCGGUGGACAAUGGAAACCAUGGCGUUGACGUUGGCACUGACGCUGACAGUGAGAGAGUUGGGACACUUGAAACAAUUGAAGCAGGUGAGACAGCCAAAUCUUCAACAUUAGUGACCGAAUUUGCCUUAGCCUAUGCAAUCCACAAGUCACUCAUUUUUAUACGGCUCCCAAUAACGGCGGCCAUCACUCCCAUUGUCGUCAAGAGGCUGAGAGCACUUGGUUUUGCCGUUGGUAAACUAUAA